AUGCCACCAACCCUCACCAUCAUGCAAGUCCGCCAAAUACCUCGUCUCCCACUCUCUGUUCCAACACAUGAGUCGCUGCCCUCCUAUACCAACAAACCAUCACUUUCGUGCCUCGACCAAAGCCAAUUCAAACUCGACUGA